UUCAUAAAAAAUGACGCAAGACUUUAGCAGUGGUAUAGGCAAACACCUAAAAAAAAGUAAAAGGCAAGAUUGUCUAAAAGUCUCCCCAAUUUUGUCCCCUCACUGUAUACACCAACCUAAAAGUUGUCAUAACUACAACCACAUCAGGCUAAACGUUACAAGAAAUAAUCAAUAAUUCUCCCACUUUUCUGGAACAAUCAAUACAUUCAAUUAGCCACAAACAGAAAACCAGAGUUUUUGAAAUGGGAUUAGGAUGGGAAGACAAAGAAGUGCAUUUCGAUUUAUCCUUUUCGGAUAUGCGCCUCACAAUCGGUGAAAAAGUGAUAGACAGAUUGGAUAACAUAGAAGAUACAAAAGGCAAUGGCGGUGACAGAGGAAAGCUGAUUAUUACAAAUUUGCGGAUUUUAUGGCACUCUGUGUCAAACCCUCGAAUUAAUUUGUCAAUCGGCUAUAAUUCAAUCACGACUCUAAAUACCAAAAUUGUUAAUUCUAAAUUACGUGGUACGACUCAAGCUCUUUAUUUAAUGACGGUCUGCCAUGGCUCAAGAUAUGAGUUUAUUUUCACUAAUUUAGUUCCCGGAAGUAUGCGUCACUUUACUUCAGUUACAGGAGUUCAUAAAGCGUAUACUACGUCAAAGGCAUAUCGAGAGUUAAAACUGAGGGGAGCCGUAGUUCACAAUAAAAGACUACGAAUUCUACCUUUAGAACAGGUGUGUAACGUUUUACACGGUGUAUGGAAUUUAUCAAGCGACCAAGGCAGCCUUGGCACAUUUUACAUCACAAAUGUGAGACUUGUAUGGUUUGCGGAUAUGAAUGAAGCAUUUAAUAUCUCUUUGCCAUAUCUACAGAUCAACAGUAUAAGAAUCAGAGACUCGAAAUUUGGGAGGGCCCUCGUCAUUACGUGCAACCAAACCAGUGGCGGCUACAUUUUGGGAUUUCGUAUUGAUCCCGAAGACCAGCUAAAUCUAAUAUUCAAGGAAUUGUCCUCGCUCUUUACCGUUUACGCCUCGAAUCCGAUAUACGGAAUUGAGUACGAAUGGAGUUCGAAAGAGGACGAGAAAGAAAAUGCAAUUCUCACAGAAGACGUUGAGGAAGUCGACGACCCUCGAAAUGAAAUCUCUAACGUUUUAAUAACUUAUUCGGCCAACGGGGACACUGGUAAAGAUAGACCCAUUGUUUAUUCCAACGAAUUGGGUCUUGCUAUUGAAAGUCUAAAGGAAGGUUACACCAUACAGAAGCUCUGGGAAGUAGUUCCCUCUUAGUGUAUUAAUGUGCAAAUUUAAGCCGAUUGGUUUCAAGUUGAAGCUAAACAGAAAAUUUAACGAUUUACACAAUUUUGGAAUUUUAACGAUCGAAUUUCGGAAUUAUUUCAGUUUUUAUUUUCAAUUUGGUUCACAUAGUUUUAUAUCUUAUUUUUAGAAUGAUUUCUAAGUUCACUACUUAUUUUUUGAUGGUAGUACUUAUAGUAGGUAAUUUAUUUUACUUCAUAAAAAUGUUGCGGCGGGUUAGAUAGUUCCUGGUCAAAUUUGUCACCAAGAUGACAGUUUAAGAAGAUUGUACCAGCCCACUUAGUAGUUACUACAGUAGGUACCUACGAGUAAAAAUUUACUCGUAGGUGGGUACAAAUAACUGAAUUAUACCUACCUGAUGGUCUUUCUGUUCAAUUUAUAUGCACUGUUCACUUUCCCCCACUGCUUAAUAUAGAUACAACAUGCAAAAAAUCCUACCUUUAUAAGGCUGCUCUUCUGGAAUCUGAAACAAAUAAUAAACUUACGAUAAAAGAGUGAAAAAAUCAACAAUAAUCCAAAUUUUUGUUGAUUAUCGACAAAAGUAAUUAUAAUCUGCCACUUACGCAACCAACAGGCGACUAUACAUACUAUUUAUAUCUAAGUUUUUUUAUAGUUUAUGGCUUGCUACUUUUUUAAGAGUUUAAGUCAACUAAACUUAAACACAUCAACGUUGAUAAUUUAGAUAUAGUAUGGUUGGUUGCCUAAGUGGCACUCUGGCAGUAAGCUUCCGAUUAUCAUUACUUUUGUAGAUGAUUAUACAACACGUAGUAAUUAAAAAAUCAAAAUUUACCGUUCAACCUUAUUCAUUCCGUCUCGUCUGGCAGGGACCGCAUACUGUUCACGAUCAUUGGCUGGUAGUAACUGAAAAAAGAUAAUCAUACAUCAUAAAGAGUUUCUAAUGAAACAAUGGUGUUUUUUUUUGUAAAAUGAUAUUAAAAAUAUAUUUAUGAAGUUAUA